AUGCCGAGGGAUCAUUAUGAACGCGACGCCUCUUUUUCGUAGACUGAUAUAUUCUCAUUUACUGAUCCUUAAGGCUUCUUCCGAAGGUGAUCAAUGGAGGCAUCGCGGGAAUCGUUGGCGUUUCGUGCGUUUUUCCGAUAGACCUUGUUAAAACCCGCUUACAGAAUCAACAAGUGGGCUCAAGGAUGUAUGAAAACAUGUGCGUAUAUCUUUCCAUCCUGCAAUUUUUUAAACAAUCACAGAGCAGCUUGGCUUUAUGCGCCCACGCGCGCGCCGAAUUUUCCAACAUACAAAAGUGGCUUUUCAGCAUAGAUGUUGACAAUGCCUGUUUAUCAGACUAAUCAGGUUAUUAAUUAUGUGGGGAAUUCAAAAUAAGUAAAUAAUACAUUGAUUCAUAUGACUGUGUUGUAGAAAUUCUGACCAACGACCCUUCUCGGCUGACCCAAAAAUCGAUGUUUUGUUGUGCUCGGAAUCGUGUAUUACCUUAUUUCAAUAUGCACAUGUUAUCUUGUCGUAAUUUUGCGCAGUUAACGGGAUUUUUUGCCCACUUUUGCAGAUAAUUUCUGCAAAAUGGCAAAUUUUGAUGGGAUUGCAGUAACCCAGGUUUAGUCCCUACUGAUAGUCUGCGGCUAGUUUCGUGACUAGCUGACUCUUGUCGAUAGUUUCCCGAGGCACAACCACUAGCAGUUGCCACUUGCGAUUGGCGUUAAAGGUCAAUCAGAUCACCUGCCGCAAACAUGCCCGCAAAUCUGAGUUACUAGUGCCGGACGAUGUUAUCUGGGAAUGAAACAAUGUCACUAGUAGUUUGCUAGUUUCCUAGGGCGAUUGGAUUAGAGAUUUUUAGUUUUACUUUCGUAACUAGAACUAACUCUAACUGUACCUUAAUUCUGUCCGAUAUUCUAACACUGGGUAUAUGUUUACGACUCGGACCCGAUCACACUGGGAGAAGGUAGCCUCUUUGAAUUUUAGCAUGUUUAGGCUAUUGCCGAACUGUCCUAGUCUUUCGCUAUGCAAUUCGCCACGAGUAGCAUUUUUUGGAAUUACCUUUCAAGUUGAGUCAAUGCUGGCAGACUUGUAAACUGAAUCCAUCCAUUAUUUUUCAUUCCGUUGUUGUCAUGGCUUACUGGGGCGCUUUCUUGUCCAAACAAAUUUAUUUUGAAAUGUUCCUCCACUAAAUCCUAUGUAACUUUCAUUAUUUGAUCUUGCACCUUUAAGCCUUGAUUGCGCUCGCAAAACCUACCGUGCCGAGGGCUUCUUCGGGAUGUACCGAGGUAUGCGUUGAUUUUGGUUCGUUUAGUUAAAAAAACUUGCUCCUGAGGUUAGGAAUGUGAUGGCAUACACAAAUACACUUACGGACGUUCACCAAAGUCAUUGCGCAUACUUUCAGUUAAAUAAUUGAAAUGUGCCAAAACUUUUUUAGGAGUGAAUUUUAAUGUGGGUGGUGUUUUGAUACAAAUCGUGGCAGUUCGUUGCAGCUGACGAUGUCCGACGUAUGCUCCACAACAACGUGAAUCAAACUAGGUGACUUACACGUGAAUUAGUUUACAGUGAGAGUAGACUUGCACUGCACCUGCCGCACUCGCUACCUCUCUCAACCUGGGCCCUGUAUAGAGACUCAGUCAGAAAGACCUGGAGAGGGCGCAGGUAGGUGGCACGGCCGGACCCACACCUAGACGUACCACCACAUCCCCCCAUCCACAACAAGCACUCGACCAGGAUUCUAACAAGCAACACCACAGCGGUUCAGAAAGAGGAUGAGUGGGCGGCCAUGCUCACGACCUGUUUACGUGGCGGAAGCGCAAGCGCAUCUCUCGGCAGGGAGCCAGGUGCCAAGUCUUCAGAAUUAACGUGAAAUUUAAUCCUUGUUUUGUGGGUAGUCCAACAUAAGUCUACUUGGAGUUAAUAACAGAGGUCCUUAUAAGCUCCAUUUAAACGGCAGGCCUAAACCAUGGAAAGCUAUUUCGUUGGCAUGCUAUCAUACAGCAUGAUCGGCCACAGGGGAUCUUGACGAAAAGCAUCAAACGCCGACUGACGAAACGGAUGGAGAUGGGCUACUGUUUUCAGUCGCAGUGUUCGGAGAUUCGACUAAGAGAUAAGUGCUUGCAAAACAUUCCCACCGCGACUGAAAGCCGCACUAGAAGAAACAUCACUUAGAAAGUCCAGGCGACAUGACAAUAAUUUUAUAAAUGAAAAUAGCCAAUUAUUUGGAUAGAAGUCGUACCGGAGUUUGCAUUGUGCUUUGCAAAGGUAUUUAACUAGGUCCUGCCCUUGUGAUACAAAUGGAGCACUGGGUCGCUGUGUGUGUUUUCUAUGUGAUUUGUGGUUUCACCGGUUUUUGUACAGGUCAAACAUCCUUAUACAGACUUCACAACGUUCCCAAAUCCUAAUUGCUCGGCGACAUCACGUGAACUGGCAUUCCUCAGUUUUCCCGCAUCGUGAUCAUAGACCAAUUCCGUUUUGACAUGAAACUCGUUCAAGGCCAGAUAACUCUUGCUUGUCUACAGUCAUUGUUCACUAAAUUGCUAUUACUCUCCUACCAUAACUUCACACCACGCUUAAAUUCAUGGGCUAGUUCUUCCCAGCCAAUAAAGCUUCCCUAUUAAACCAAUCCCACUGGGGAAUUGUCACUUCUGUAGUACGUAUAUCUUGCACGCGUUGGCCGGCGUUUCUAUAAGAUGAACCGGACUUUCCAGAAAGCAUUAGCAAGGAAUGCACUUAUUUCAGUCGUACAUAAGAAUACACCUUAGAUUCUGCGUCUGAAGAGAACGAGGUAUUUCGCCUCAGAAGGAUUCAUUUGAAUAUUUUGAAGCCUUCAUUCUUACAGUAGGUGACGGGACUCGCGAAAUAUGCAUAAAUUUAAAAAAUGUCUAAUCACGCCAUGACCGGCCCAUUUGCAUCAACGCUAACCCCCAAUCAAUUACGAAGGAAAUUCAGUUAAGUGAGAGUACAAAAGAAUUUUCGAAAUUAGUGUUACAUUGGUUAGGUACAAUAGUCUUCUCAAGGUAAACGUACAUUUCGAUAGGUCACAUAUUCGUGUUAAAUGCGUAAAGUUGGUUGUGGGCUUACACAGGGUCUCCAUGCAGAAAAGACGACUAACUAAACGGGAUAAUUGUCAGGGUAAAUAUCCUUCAAGAUUUAAUGCAAUACAAAGUAUGGCAAUUAUUUACUUGCCCGAUUUUUGAUUGUGUUUCAAAGUGCUGUCACGAGAAUUCUGUUUUAUAUUCUUGUUUCUGCAAUGCUUGAGAUAAGGGUGACUAGGGCAAAGAGGUCUCCCUUGAUUUCGCGGAUAGGGACUCCGUAGGAAUAAAAGAUUGCUAAGGUCACAUGUCAAGAACCCAGUCAUCGACUUAACUUGGAUUAUAAUUAGUAGACAGAGCUAGAAUCACUAUUUUCUGUGUACCAGAAGAAUUGUUCCUCUGCAAAAUUACCUUGCGCUUUCCGGUGACGGUGGAAUUUGCUAAGUUUCCCGACGUCCUUGCAGUGACAGUGAAUACUGCUGUUUUCGGUAUUCUCGGUCGAUUACCCAACAUGCUGGGUUCCGCUGUUUUUUUUUUAUCAAUGCCUUCAAAAUAAGACUGCUUUUGAGACCUUUUGCCAAAGUAGUAAGUUUCCCGACGUUUUAUUUCAUGCAGAUAAUGGGUCGGGUCGUAUUUUGAGGCUCAUCUGAACAUAAAAACCUGGUCUUCGAAGAAAGUAGCUUCACUGCGAAGCUUUGCGAUGAAUAUACUCCUGAUAAAUCGGCAAACCUCCACUAUAUUACCUCUCAAAAUGCGCUUUUCUAGGGUAUUUCGCCGACAGAUGUCUUCGUACUUCCAGGGUACUGUCGAUGAAUUUCUGGCCCGCUCAUGCAUUUUACUGGCAAAUAUGAAUAACUCCUCUUCCAUAACCGACAGAACUGCACUUUGUCUUCUUACUGGGACGAGAUUUAUCAGUGUUUCAAAAUGCCCUCCUCCACGAUCCACAGAUAGUAAUUACUGGAUUGGGAAAUCUGUAUGAACAUGCGCAAAGUGAGGGUUGCGAAAUUAUAUAUGCCAGUCACUCAUCCAACAACCGCAGAGGAGCUUUGCUUGGCACGUUUUAAGCCAAUUCAGCCCGUUUCUAGCUUGCAUGACCAGUUAUUAGUUUCGUACGCCACGUGCAAUAUGCGGUGGCCACAACAUUAUCACGUUCUGCGACGAGGCGGUUUGUUGUAACGCUCAUACGUUUAUCGACAAUUUGCGAACUACUUCGAUUAAUCCGUGGUUCCCAUAGCUGGGAUAUCUGUUAGGAGAGCCUGUGAGAAUUCAUCCUUUGCCAUAUAAUCCGCCAGUCACCCCAUCUCCAUAAAUCGCAUUCUAGAGACAAGGGAGAUUGUUUAUGAUUAGCGUUGCUGAUAUCCGUUUGUCAUAUUUGUCGAAGUCAAGUCCGGGGCACCCGGUAUCCGUUUUCCUCAACUUUCCUAUAUUCAGGCGAUUCGAUCUCACUUCCACACUUACUUUACUCCUUAUUUGCAAUUUGCCAACCUUGUUUUUUUUUCAGGAUCUGGCGUCAAUCUCCUCCUCAUCACCCCAGAAAAGGCCAUUAAGCUAGUCUGCAAUGACUUCUUUCGAUACCACUUAAAGCCUGAGGGGUAAGUCCGCAUUAUUUUGAUCUUUACCCGGCAUGCCUAUCUCCAAUAAUGUCGAAUAUCCCAAGGCGUCCACAAUGACAUAUGGUUGCUUAAUUUUUCCAGUAGUUCACGACCGUCAUUACCUCCAGGUGAGGACCCUGUAUCGAGAAACAUCCGUAAGAUAAUUCCGAGUCUUGAAAUGGACUAACCAGGAACCAGAAAAUAAGUCCAUGGAAGUGAAAUCUCCGAGCGUAAUCGACACGUGUGGGGAGACACCCACAUGGGUUUCGUAUACCAAAAAGGUCUCCCUUGCGUUUGUUUAGUCGCUCACUUUGCACGUGGGUGCGGUUGGCCACCACACCCGUUGGUCGUGUUCCAAUUUAACACGAUUUGUUUAAGACACCGUACUGUAAACACAGUGUCUGAAAAUCCGCUGGCAUACUGCCAUUGGCCCUCACCCCCUAACUGCCAGGUUUGAACUGUACGGCGUUCUGCGCGUAUCUUGUGAGUGGCAGUCGCACCCAUACGAUAAUGUCACCCCAGUGUGACGUAUUGGAGCCGCGCCGACCUCCGAACCCAGGGAUCGCAGGAAACCACACCUGCAGUAAGCCGUUCCAUACGUUCAGCAGUGGGGUAACUACAAAUAGUGUACUUUGCGCGGCUGAAACUAAAUCACAAAAUGGCCUUUACUCCUAAAACUCAUAAGCAUAGGCAUUGUGCAUGCAACGGUUCUGGAAAAUCCCCAGAGAAGAUUAUGCUACUCCGUGGCCACGCAUUAUGUCUGACCGGUCAUUUUUCGAGUAUUGGAAGUCAGAUUGCAGGCAUCAAGUCUCGGCAAUAUGGCCUCUUGCCCAAAACUGCGACUUCAGGCAAGUUUGUUUGACUUCGAUGCUGCCGACCAAGGUGCACCCCUCCGAUUUACGAUGAAGGACAUGUUCGAACGGAAAGGUUUGCUGACCAUUUUCAAGUUCUUUGCCGUUUACGAGCAUUCCUACCCCGAUUCCAGUUCUGAAAUACCUUGAAUUUUGACCCAAGUCCAUGGGUUUCCUACGCCUAAUGCUCUGUCAGCUGCGCUCGGGAGUUAGUAAACAUUUUAAAGUUUUGUUGAGGAAAAAAGCAAGCGUGACUGGAAUGCCUGAGGAAGAGUUCUCCCUUGGAACGCCAAAGCAAAAGGGAGCAGUUGUGUUCCUUCCUGAAAUCACAUUGACGAGGCGCUACUUCCGCAUUUAAAAUCAAGUAGGAAUGGCCUUCAUGCAACCAGCUGCGACUUCCAACGAGCCCGACGGAAGCACUAACUUAGGUUACGAUGGUCGAAAUGCCGUUGUGUGGAAGUAUGAAGUAGUUCGUCUGUCAAACUCUGCUGGAAUUAACACUAUCGUAGAAGACAUCAAUGGCUUGAAAAGAGGACGGAGACGCGAUCGCUGUAACAGUAGGUUUAUUAGUCUGAACUUUCGAACUCGCACAAGAGUCCAUCAUCAGAGGCUGUGUGAGGGAAACGACCGGUAAACAUUUUUGUAAUCGAACACGCGGCAGGAGAAGGGGUAGUGUCGGUGCCUGUGUCAGGCUCGUGCUGCCUGGCUCACAGUGAUCUCACGGCGUGGUGACAGCGUGCGUCUUUGACGGGGAGGUAGGCCACGCCACCUGGCUGCGUGGCGGAGCGCGUGAUAACACGGGGGUAAAUCAGUGUAUCAGUUGAUGGGGUUGGUGUCUGACACCCACGCCUCCAACAGUUCUCGCCCCAUCUUGUUGCCCGCUCGCGCCAGUAUCCGCACGCUCGCAAAAUCGAAUUCAUGGCCUUCCUCCAGCGUGUGACUAGCGACUUGAGACGGUGGGUCGCCUCCCCGAACGGCCCGUCGGUGUUCGAGUACGUGUUAGUGAGCCGUCCUCUUUGGUCUUUGUUGUGGCAAGGACAGUUCUGGCACGGAAUUUGGUAAACACCCGAUUGCUGACGUGCGUCGAGCCACACGUUUAUCUGCAUGAACCUGGUGCGCACGGUAACCGCUGGACGAUGGGUGGUCCCCACGCCUAACCCUGCCGCAACGCGUGCUGUUGAUUCGGACACAUUCUUAAUGUACGGUAGCGAGCGCCAACUUGGCGGUGUCCUCCGUUUGUUCGUCGUGGGCAUGUACGCGUGCAUCGGCUGAUUAAACUCUUCGAGUAGCCGUUUCUUGCCCUGAGAUACCGUACCUCAUGUAAUAUUCCCUCGUGUUCGCUACAGCGUUUUUUUACCCUUUCCAAGAGCGCUGUAACACAGACACGUCUGUACACCAUCGGGUGGUUGCCAUGUUAGCUGAGGACCUGGGUUGUUAGGCGCCUUUUUAUCCACUGUGGUGUUAAUUUCACCACCGGGUCUGCGCGCGAUGAGCACGUCAAGGAAGGGUAAUUGUUCGACUUUCUCUUCUCCUGUGAAGUGGAUGUCGGGGAAGAUGCCGUUAAGCAGGUCAUGAGAGUCCGAUAGUCUUCCUCUCUCAUUUAUGUUGAAUGUGUCGUCCACGUAUCUGUGCCAAAACGCAAGUUCACAAUGGUUUAGAGCGACCUUUUCCAACUUUUGUAGGACAAAUUCCGCAAAUAGGCUGGAUAUUGGGGAACCCAUCGGUGUUCCUUUGAUUUGUUCGUAUGUUCUACCAUGGUGAAAGGGAUCUGCUGAAAGAAUGCAAGAAGUUGUAUUAGAUGCCCACGUUUUAGGGACCCAAUCGGUUCGUCGUACUUCUGUUCGAGCCGUUUACGUAACACAUCGCACGCCACGUCUGGUGGGCUAGAUGUGAAUAGUGAAAGAACAUCGAAGGGUAUUAUAAUUUGGUCAGGUCGGACUGUUUUUCCCCCGAUGUCGACGAGGAAUCGGGAAGCUGAAAUGGUUGAGGUUCCAUAGGCCUCUCGAAGAAAGUUGGGGAGAGUUCGUUACUUGCGCAAGUACACUUUCCUCACACUGGUCUUCUCAGCCAACCCAAGCGCAACAGUGUCAUCUCGUUCGAUGAAUGAUGACAGAUAAAGCCAGCUGACGCAGCACUGGCCAGGCUCUAUGGACUACCCAAAGUCGACAAACCCAACGUCUCCCUGCGACCUAUCUUUUCACUGAUAGGCAGCCCCACAUACAAUUUGGCUAAAUGGGUGGUCCGAUGUUGUCCAUCGUUGCAUUUCAUGACUACCUCAUCUUUCACUUUCCUCUGACUGUUUCUGGUUCUAAGUGAUUGGGGCAGUCGUACUCGUUCUUAAGCAGCUUCUGUUGCCGGCAUUGUGUAAGACGUAGGUUUGGGCAAAACAUGUGUGGUAUGUGUUGAGUGGAGGCCUUUUGCCACACAUCAGCCUUACUUGCGCCAGCUCAUGGUGCCCAAAGGGCAUAGGGGCUGCGAUGGAAGUGAAUGCAGUAAGAUACCAGUGUCACAACACUGAUUCGUGGUGAUAGCACUAUCACGGUAUUCGUGCUAGUAUCGAUAAACUCUGUGUUAAAUACGGCAUGAAUGACAUUAGUUGGGAUAGUAGUAGUAGUAGUAGUAGUAGUAGUAGUAGUAGUAGUAGUAGUAGUAGUAGUAGUAGUAGUAGUGGUAGUCGAAUUAGUAGUAGUAGUCGAAUUAGUAGUAGUAGUAGUAGUAGUAGUAGUAAUAGUCGAAUUAGUAGUAGUAGUCCGCCCGUGAUAGCAGUUGUAGUGGUCCGCCCGUAAGACAGACUGGUAGGGAAAUAAGUAAUUCUAAAUGUUACGACACUGUGUUCCCGCCGUGAAUGCUGUCUAAGUAUCCCACAUCACGCGAAUGCCCCUGCUGUUUUUCGAAGUGAUGGUAAUCCUCUUUGGGAAGGACGCACGAACUACCAUGUGUCUCCAGAUUGCUUGUCAUUUCGGAUGGGCAGGAAAUUCACCGUCUAGGCGCUGCUGACGCCCAGACCAUAAUUCUUCGACUGCCAAAACCCCGGCCAAUACUAGUUCGCCGGACAGUGCUUGUGUUGGGGCGGCUUGACAAAGGGAUCUUUUCCCUUCUGGCUCAGGAGAAUGUUCCCAUCUAGUCCUAUCAAACACGAUUUUAAGGUUGCGCUAUCUUGACGGUUGACAGCUGAAGUCAUGUUCCGCUUAUUUUGCAGCCAUUCUUACCAUGAGGCAUGAGGUGCAUGAGGCACCUCGCAGAUAGCCAGCCAGACAGGUUCAAUCUUCGCGUUGUUUCUGUCGUGCUGGUGUGACUGCUGGAAGAUUAUCAGAUUUGUCCUCACCGUAAUCGAUGAGGGCUAUCGUUUCCAGACUGAGCUUCUGAUUUCAAUGAGCCUGGAAGACGGAUCUUCGCGACGUUCUGUUAGGUUAUGACCAAAUAACGACGGCAACCAACCCACAAAUGGUCGUCCUCGUCGGCCUUACCCCUUUUAGAUAAGAAUUCUAGACCGUCAGUCUGAACAUAGGGCAUAGGAUGUGCUCCAACGAUUGGUGUUUAAAUUUCGAAAAAUUGAUACUGGGCCCAAGUGUCCCACAUUUUUUCAGGAGCAUAUCCUCGAACUCCCACUCCUGCGUCGCUAAGCAACGUAUCCCUUUUUAGUUUACUCUUCCCACUACUGCACUCGAUACCUGCUUCCUGCCCACGGGCUUUGACAACUAGUGCUCCUAAAUCAGGUUCACAUGUCAGCCACGAUUCGUUCAAGUCGCAUUCUCAGCGGCCGUAGAAUGCUUGUAGGUCUCUGACGUCCUUCAGUCCGACCCUCUUUUCUCACUGACUUGCAGCAAGUCGCUUACACCGCUGCGCGAAAUGAUUGCAGGAGGUGGCGCUGGUCUGUGCCAAAUCAUCGUCACUACUCCGAUGGAACUGCUCAAAAUUCAGAUGCAGGACGCUGGAAGGACUGCCAGUGAGUGCUACUUCAUCUUCCCUCAGAUGGAUAGAAACCGUCAAACUUUACUCUGUAGCAUCUAUCCAACUACCGCUUCCCCCUCCCCCCUCCAAAUGACUCUUGGAAUGGAUAUUGUGCCUUCACACGAAAACAUAUCUGUUCAGAGUAACCAGAGGGGUGACAACUGGUCGUGCUGAGUAGCCGACCUCGUUCCACUUCGGCAGGUGCUAAAGCGCGGCUUAUCCUCCGCCCAAUCUUGUGAAUCAUCCACGUCGCUCUUUUCCCACACACGCCAAGUUCCGAUUGGAGGAAAAGUGCAAAUAGUGAGAGUGAGAGCUGUCAGGCCACUGUAGCCUAGUCCUCAGUGAAAGACUGCGUUUUCCUGGCGUUUGGCAGCCUUCCAAGCCACCACCUGGAGCUUUAAGAUCGCUCAAAAUUAUGUUAUAUUUAUUGUGGUGAGAAAACUGCCUUGGAUCCGCCCCACUCCCACUUUCUAUCGUUCUUCAGUGGUAAGUCCGAGGCAAACCGACCUGAGACGGAGUUCGGCGCAUUCGCUGUCUUCAUUGAGCCCCCCUCUUGUGGUACCAUACGCGUAAAGGUCCCUAUAUGCAUACGAACUAGACGAAUGAUAUUGGACCCCACAGCGGGGUUAUCAUAGACUAUAGUAAACUGUAGCCUUUGUGGCCUCCUCGCAUUCUUUCGGCGGAAGAACGAGUUGCAGCCACGAAACUGCAAUUGCAUCCUAUAAAAUCUCCAGCCUCUGUGGGUUCGAUACUCCUAUCUGUUGUUUUCUCUGUAUGGGUUCAAAUGUGAUUUCGAAGCCUCCGGUGAACGGAAUCCCUAUUCUGGCGAUCGAGUUUUUUGUUUUAGGAGCUUCGUAGCAUUGACUGUCAAAUCUACUGGUAGUGAAUCAUCCGAGACUUUUCAGUUGUAAACUCACAAUGAGGAUUUUUGAGGGGCAAGCGAUUUAGGCUUAAGAGGAUGGGGCGCCAGAUACGUAAAUUCAGUUCGUUUUCGUCUGGUUGGGCAUAUUAUAUGACGGCAUGUUUGUAUGUCUGUCUAAAUAGUGUUCAGGUUACUAAACCGGCCGGUGCAAGGUCACGUCGUCUGUAUCGCGACUGCAUAGUUCGCCACAGGUUACUGAUCAAGCCCGAUAGUCGUUUAUUUUACAGCUUGCCAUUGCUGACGGUCGUUUGUGCUCUAUCGCAUAGUAGUAUGCUGUCAGAUGCUCCUUAGAACAGAAAACAGACAGGAUGACAGUCACCGCAUGUAUGUCAACUCUCAUUCGUUCCGCCCAUGACGUGCACUCUAGGGUUGUGUUCUUGCUAGCGGCCUUACUGUUCUAUUUGUCGAAACCCUCUUAUUCGACCCCCAAAAUAACACAACGCAGUGGCCUAAGGGGAAGAUCAAGGUUUAUUCAGGACGAUGGGUUGGAGUUCAGACAGGGUAGAGGACACGCGGAGGUCCUUUGGCGGGGACUGGUUGGCCUGGAGAUGGUCCUUGGUUGAUCCGGCAAGCGAGAUGGGCGAUGACGUUUGGGGGGCGUGGGGUAGGCUUUGUCCGGUCCAACUUGCCCGGACUUGAAUUGUCAUCGGUAUUUAUGGGUCCUCCUGUCAAUGCGGGUAGGUUUAAUGAAUAGACCAGUAGGCAAGAGUCAGUAUGGACAAUGAAAGGGAGAGCUGGUUAGCGCGGCGCCGUGGUGCCGGUGGAUAACCGGCGACGCACUAGGGGGUCUAGAAUGACGAAUCCGAAAUCGGACAAACUGAAUCUGCAUCCCUAUAUUCUUGUCUGAUUCCCUUGUACCAUUGGUUGAGCUCUGAGCGCCGGCUUGGGCAGACUCGCUCGCCGCCGAUGCCUAAAGGUCGUGUAUAACCUGGCGGCCCGCCAAUUGCUGACUCAGGCGCAGGCUUGGUAAGCGAGACUAAUCGGCAGCUUGGCGGUUCCUUGUCGCGGGUGCCAGCCGGGCACCACAUGCCACCUCCCGCGCCCCCCUAGCAGGGUGCGGUUUGCUUUCGUCUGACGGUGUCUUUUGUUUCGCGUCGUCUGUCUAGAUAAAGACCGAAUGCUGUUUGUCUGAAGAUUGUCGUGGGAAUGUCGAACGGAAUUUUAAAGCAUGACUUCAUGUGAAGGACGUGUUGGAAGAAAAAGCUGUUAGUCUAUGCCGGUCCAUCUUCCAAUGUAGGAAAUAAUCACGAUUUUUGCACUGGUUGUUUCAUCUUGUGUGACUCCCCAGCAUUGUCUUUCUAGUUUAGUUGCUUGAAAGCGUGUUUGAAUUUUUCCUGCCUCUUUUUCGUAUACAUUUCUCAGUAUUAGCAACUUUUCCUGUGCCGGUUUUGCGUCCUUUUACUUCGUAGUUGUCUUGUAGUCUAGUCUCGACCUUUAAUGUUUGAUGAAUUGCAAGUUUGAGUCGUUGCGAUUUUUUUCUCGAAAAACACCUUGUUGUUCCUAGAAUAUUAAAGCAGCAAAUUAUCCGUUGCAUUCCGCUUAUUUGCAGAACAUAUGUUGUCGGCUGACAGGUUUUGUAUAUAUUUUGCCCUAUCUAGGAUUACUAUGGAGUUUUUGUUCUCAAUCGGCCAAUCUGAGGCAUGUAGUUUGCAAUGGUCAGUGAAUAGACGUCAAAUGAUCAAAAACCAGAUCAAGUGAAAAUGUUUGUUUCCGCGUCCCAAUGAGAACAGAUGGUCUCAGAACCUUUUUAUGAAUUCUCUUGAUAUUUUAAAGGCCGACAGACAUAUGCCAUUAAAGAUAUUAUUGGUUGAUAUAGGCGUAGUUGGCUUUAAUAGCGCAUCAAUCACCAGGAGAUCAUUUGUCCACGUCCUGCAGUGGCAGGGAAAGAGUGGGUGUUAUUACUGACGGCGACUGUUCUGCGACUCAUUCAGGGGCUGAAACCAGACAUCAACUACUCCUAGAUAGGACAAUUAGGGAACGCAGAGUUUAAAUCCUUACUGUAACCGUAGGCAAAGCCAUUUAUACCCAUACGCACUCAUUUGACGUGCACUAUACUCCGAUUAAUGAAAUUUUUCUCGUUCUUUUAGCGGCCUCUCUGACGGCCAACGGAAGUGCUGUUGCCUCUAGCACGAAUCGCCUCUCUGCGACCCGACUAGCGCUAGGUCUGAUUCGCGAGAAGGGCAUUUUUGGCCUCUAUCGUGGUGUGGGUGCCACUGCCUUGCGUGACGUCACCUUCUCCAUCAUGUACUUCCCCUUGUUUGCACAUUUCGACAAUCUGGUGCGUAAGCUAUGCUUAGCUACCAUCCUCAUUUCUUUCCGGUUGAACGUGUAUACUUUGUUGUGAUCUGGAUGUGACGUUCAAGCCAUGUCAUGUCUGUAGUCACGUGGGAGUGGCAUUAGGCACUUGAUGAGCUGGACUCGGUUUGAAAUCUCGUGUCUUCCCAACCCACAUUAAGCCAUGGCUGCCUAAGGCGACAAGGACGUUAGGAGUGACCAUGCCAGUAUCUUCUGUAUCAGUCUGCAGUGGUUUCAGGCCAUCAUUCUUUACUUGAAACCAGCCUGUCGCGGUCUUCCAAUUCUUUGAAGGCACGAUGAUAUGUUCUCUAAGUCCCUUUGGCCGAAUCUACUUUCGUCGCCCACCAACCAGAUUGGAGCAUGCCGAAGAUUUUUCCCCAUCCGCAGGCGUCACUCUCACUUAAUCUGAACAUUCCACAGUCGACAGAGCUUGGGUCUCCUAGUCAUUAAUUUAUGCUUGGACUGUGACAAUCAUGCCUAUUUCCCUCAAUAAACUGAACUGAACAACGCAAGUUAGAUAUUGUCAAGGAGACCUGACCUCAAACGGACUGCGGUGUUGUCGCUCUAGACCAAAACAGGAGCUGUAUUGGCCCAUGACAUGCGCUAUUGGGAUUGUAGUGAGUCUGCGUGAGUCCUUACUUGUCGCGCGUGUGUAAAACUUGUUGAAAAGAGGCUCACAUCAAGUCAAUCGCCGCACUCAAUAUCAUUUCCAGUUGGUUGACGGUGUCGAACAAGUCAUUGAUGCAUAAGAAUAUGACCGACGCUGAGGUACCUUCCUCAUGUCAAUUCAGAGCAUUUCUCACUGCAGUAAAUUCUAUGCGCUUGGGGCUAAUGAAAGACCAAAGUCCUGUCUUGGACGGUUUCAAACCGGCGGUAUAACUUGGACCUCCCAUGGAACGAUGACCAGAUUGCCGUGACUCUCCUUAAGUGAGUAUGUCAGGACUAAAGUCUACUUCUAUCCGGACGCCGAGACGGCACAAACCCCCCUCGGGUGCGGUGGCCUCGUUAGCAUAGGUGCAGGCUAUCCUUUGCGCCCUCAGGUGGCUUGUAGCAUAACGUUCUUCAGGAAAGGCUAACUGCGAAGUAAACAUCUCUGAAGUUUGACGAAUAAGCAGUCGUUGUCCGCAACAUAGUGCGUUCAGCGUGACGGGACAAAUGUCUGCCAUUCAACGAGACCUCAUCUGCCAUCCUACACAGUCCCCGAACCUUGAUCUGUUGUUCCGUGAGGUAGAUGGAGACAUGUGUCUGAGCUUUUGGUUAGUACUUGUGGUGUGUGAUAAAUCGUGCAACGUGUAUAAUCAGUGUUUUUACUUUUCCUUUCUCUGUUUGUGCAGGGUCCUCGAAGGAAAGACGGAAAGGGAAUUGUCUUCUAUUGGUCUUUCCUUUCUGGUUGCUCUGCAAGCACUAUAGCAGCCUUCUUAGUGACACCGAUGGAUGGUGAGCGUCGCAACCCUCUUUUUACUUAUUUAUUACUCUGCGUUAUGAGUUACUGUGGUGGGUGCCUCAUAGGGUGCGAUUUAGGAGUUUCCUUCUGCAGCAGGUAUCAUACCGCGUCAUUACUAACGAGAAAUUGGCUGCUUAGCCUUUGGGUCAUUCUCAGCCAUGGGACAACCGAACCACGCAUCGUCUCUUGCUCUGUCCGUCACUUUUCACACUGGCUACUUUUUAUAAAUCCCUUACGGAAGGCAAGGUUUUGGACUUAAAAGGCCGCCGCAUGCCAGUAAAUAGUGUUACAGAAUUCUUUUAACUCUCGUGGUAAUCUAUUGACCACUCCAUGAUUUAGCCAAUCAACGCCGAUUUCGUCCAAUGCCCGCUGGCCAGCUCAGUUUUGGAUGUACUGUUGUUUUGAGUCAUCUUAACUCUCAGGUAGAGGAUGAAUGAUCAUGCUUUUUACAGAAAAUUACUGCGUUCCUGCGAAAAUUUAUUAGUUCUCACCUGUUGGGACUUAUCUACAGGUUUAGAACCCGAUCAACUUUCAGGCUUGUAUUUGUCGGUGAAUUUAGAGAGAAGUUAUAAUCCUUAGUCUCUCCUUCGUUCUGCAUUUGUAGUUGUGAAGACCCGAUUACAAACCCUCUCUCACAUCAAGGGUGAGGCUCGGUUCGAUGGCAUUCUUGAUUGUUUUGUGUAAGUUUUAACUUUAUUCCAUUUGCUUUCCGUACGAAACUUACUUUCGGCUACCCUGAAAUGCGUUUUAUGUGUGAUGUCCUAAAGGCAUCUGUAUUAUCCAUCUGUUCCUGAGGACUUGGGUAGAAGGCUUUCCCAAGCUUUCCUCCCCUUUGCUACAAUUACCGGUCUCUACCCCCGUCUCAUAUCUACCCGACUUGACAACCUCACCAAUAGUUUGUGGUAGAAGAGGAAAGAUAGUGGCGCUCACUGCGUCAUUUCCUCAUUAUAAUGAGUUCGACACGCAUUUAAUUUGUCAGGCCAGGACGUCAGGAACUCCGCCCAAGUGGAGUAUGACUGUUAGCGUAGUCGAGAGCUUUCCUGUGCACCCUCCUGUGGCAAAUAGUUUAACGACCGUCGGCAAUGGCAAGCUGUAAAAUAAACGACUAUCGGGCUUGACCAAUAACCUGUGGCGAACUAUGCAGUCGCGAUACAGGCGACGUGACCUUACACCGGCCGGUUUAGUAACCUGAACACUUAUUUGGACUGGCAUACAAACAUACCGUCGUAUGAUAUGCCCUGCCAGACAAAAACGAACUACAAGAAAUAAUUUUCGACUGAAUUUACGUAUCUACCUCCCCAUCCUCUUAAGCUUAAAUCGCUUGUCCCUCAAAAAUUCUCAUUGUGAGCUUACAACUAAAAAGUCGCCGAGGAUUCACUACCAGUACAUUUGAGAGUCAAUGUUAUAAGGCCGCUAAAAAAACCCGGUCGCCAGAAUAAGGAUUCCGUUCACCGGAGGCUUCGAAAUCACAGUGGAACCCAUACAAAGAAAAACAACAGAUAGGAGUAUCGGACCCACAGAGGCUGAAGAUUUUAUAGGAUGCAAUUGCAGUUUCGUGGCUGCAACUCGUUCUUCCGCCGAAAGAAUGCGAGGAGGCCACAAAGGCUACAGUUUACUAUAGUCUAUGAUAACCCGGAUGUGGGGUUCAAUUUCAUUCGUCUAGUUCGUAUACAUAAAGGGACCUUUACGCCACAAGAAUGGGGGCUCAAUGAAGACAGCGAAUGCGCCGGACUCCGUCUCAAGUCGGUUUGCCUCGGACUUACCACUGAAGAACGAUAGAACGUGGGAGUGGGGCGGAUCCAGGGCAAUUUUCCUCCAAUCGGAACUUGGCGUGUGUGGGAAAAGAGCGACGUGGAUGAUUCACAAGAUUGGGCGGAGGAUAAGCCGCGCUUUAGCACCUGCCGAAGUGGAACGAGGUCGGCUACUCAGCACGACCAGUUGUCACCCCUCUGGUUACUCUGAACAGAUAUGCUUUCGUGUGAAGGCACAAUAUCAAUUCCAAGAGUCAUUUGGAGGGGAUGGGGAAGCGGUAGUUGGAUAGAUGAUACAGAGUAAAGUUUGGCGGUUUCUAUCCAUCUGAGGGAAGAUGAAGUAGCACUCACUGGCAGUCCUUCCAGCGUCCUGCAUCUGAAUUUUGAGCAGUUCCAUCGGAGUAGUGACGAUGAUUUGGCACAGACCAGCGCCACCUCCUGCAAUCAUUUCGCGCAGCGGUGUAAGCGACUUGCUGCAAGUCAGUGAGAAAAGAGGGUCGGACUGAAGGACGUCAGAGACCUACAAGGAUUCUACGGCCGCUGAGAAUGCGACUUGAGCGAAUCGUGGCUGACAUGUGAACCUGAUUUAGGAGCAUUAGCUGUCACAGCCCGUGGGCAGGAAGCAGGUACCUAGUGCAGUAGUAGAAAAAGGAAAGGGAUACGUUGCGUAGCGAGGCAGGAGUGGGAGUUCGAACAUAUGCUCCUGAAAAAGUUUGGGACACUGGGGCCCAGUAUCAAUUUUUCGAAAUUUAAGCACCAAUCGUUGGGGUACAUUCUAUGCCCCAUGUUCAGACUGACGGUCUAGAAUUCUUAUCUAAAAGGGUAUGGCCGACGAGGACGACCAUUUGUGGAUUGGUUGCUGUUGUUAUUUGGCCAUAACCUAACCGAAGGUCGCGAAGAUCUGUCUUGUGGGGUCACUGAUGACUAAAUUCCAGAAAUUUGCUCGUAAGCAACGUGGGACCACUUUUACUCCGACAUAGAAUUUUUCUUUAUGGGCGAUGACUACGACCCUGUGGAAUAUUGACGAUCCUAAUCACCGAUUUUGUGUUCAUUCGUGCUACGGUGGUCGUCGCAAGUAACGAAACAUUUUCUGUUAUUCUUUCAUGGUUCUCUCCAUACGGAAACUAGCUAUGAUUCCUGUCACCCCCUGUGGAAUUUCGCCCCUCAGUGAAAAAAAUUUGAUACGUUAAGUAUUUGAGCCUCCCAGUUUACUUUGUUUAAUUUCUAAUAUGGUCUUCAUAUGAUGGUUUAAUUUGCACCCGUUGAAAGCGCGAAUAAAGGUUUCGUCCAUCCACCAACCUAACAGCAGUGUGUGAUUUAGAGAAAGUUUCAGCGCAAUGUAUGAAACGGGCAUGCACUUUUAUAUAAUAUACAAAGGACAUACUCGUUCAGCGAGUUUAUUUAUGUGCAGUUUUAUGAAAAAAUAUCAAAUGGCCAAUCGCAGUUUGCGUUGGUCGGUCGUAUGUGGUAAAUGCAAACAUCUGACGUCUAACGUGAACUCUACGGCCUCCACAUUAUGCCGUAGCGGGCAAGACUGGUGAGCCUCACUGGCUGUAAUCCAAAUGGUACGUGGUUGUUGUGAAUUUUGUUUAUUGGCCUGCCACGAUGCGCGAAAUAUUAUUGUGUCACAUGCAGGACUCUUGUGACUUAAUUUAUUAACCGAAACGAAACAGUAUGAAUUAAAAGUCCACAUUUUGCUCUUAACUGUACAGUCUUCUGUCACUAAAUGUAUCAAUCAUGCCCGUGGGCUUCUCAACCCUGUUCCGUUAAUAUGCAUUAAUCAAAGUAAGGACAUUUUAUAUAAGUAGCUUUGACACGCCAGGUAUAUUUUUCGUUCGCGUUAAUCAGGUUAGUUAAGGUGUGAACAUGCGGGUUCUUUACGAUGCGGAGAAUGCAUUUGGCUUAAAAAUCGCGAUUUUUAAAUCUGUAUAUUUUUGUGUUGUAAGACACUAAAUCCAACGGGCAAUCUGUCUCUUUAUCACAGCGACGACGUCCAAGCAUAAUCGAUUGGUAGAAGAGAUGUCCACUGGAAGGGAUUUAUUCGAGGCCUGGAGUGUAGAGUAAAGAUUUCUUCUAUCUCCAGAAACUGAUGUGCUCUCUGCACACCUGUCAUAUUAUAUCCAACUAGUUUAAAAAUGACCACGAUGUUGCCUAGUAUGCCUUAACCACUUGGCUACAUGGCACGUUGCAACACAGAUUUUGCGCGGUUUACUCGUCGACUAAUACUGUAGCUGGCUUCUCUCAUCAAAUAUUAACCGAAAUUUUUUUUGUGUUUUCCAUUACUUCGGUGGGACUAUAACAUUGACUGUCAUGCAGCAUAAUCUCAAGGUAUUUCCGUCAUGCCUGGAUAUCAGCUACUAAAUGAGCUUACUUCUGAUCGUUUGGGAAAACCACUCUUGUUGAAGAAAUGUCUGCUUUGUACAUUACAGAAAGCAUGCACAAAAUAUUCAUUCUUGUGCUCAUUUGGUAAAAAAUUGUAUCCUACUCAAAUUUUAUGCUCGACGAAGGGAUAUCUUUCGGUUUUAGAACAUCGAUUCCCAACUAAUUUUGAACCCGACUUGCAUUUUAAUUUGCGCCUAAGGUUUCCAAACUACAUGCUGUAUGCUUUCCAUGUAGGGAAUAUCACAUUUCUCUACGCCGUCAAACAGAUGUCAUAUAGGACCCGUAAGAUUUUGCAGUGAAUGUGAAAGAUCUUGCGUACUUUAUAAACAGCACUUAUGAACAGACAUAAUGCUGUAUGAAUGAACAUUUCACAGUCUUAGAAAACUCAUAAUAACGGAAUUUCUAAAACCAGGGAAGUACUCUUUUUCUUGUGUAAAAUUUGAAGAAGACGCAGUUUUCUACAAAAUGGGUGCAAGAAACUAUUUUUGUACAUGCUUCUAUAGCAUAUAUUUGGAUUUAGGAGGGCAUCGAAAAUGAGUGCGAAAGUGCUUACUACCCAAGUAGGUGUUUUCUUCCCGAGUGCGGCUUUUGCAGGUGAUCGAAAGGAAGCGCAUUCGAAAGCCGACAUCCUGCUGUGAUCGAAAUAUCUUGAGAUUAUGCAGUACGAUAAUCAAUAUUACAACCCCUUUUCAGUAAUCCUUCCUAGUCGGAAACACAGUUAGGAAUUUUGGUCAACAUUUCAUGAGAUAGGCCACCUACUGUAUGCACAUUAAAAGGGUAGUGCGUGCUGCGCGAGAACUAGUUUAGUAUUUAUGGGGCCACCCGACAGAACGUUGGAAGUGGGCCAGUAAUGUAGGAAAGAGGGCGAAAACGGCCCUAAAGUGGACGGGGGUUUAUUUUGUUAAAUACAUCAGAGUACCAUUAUCACUCUGGUACCAGCCUGCAGGGGUACAAUUUGUCAAAUUUUCACCUGACCUCCAGAAGGGGAUUAAAACAUCCGUUUUCAGAAAUUAAAUACUAUAGAAAAGGUUUUCUAAAGUACAAAAUUUGCAACGGAGCAUGCUCGCCGCAGUUGUUUGUUGUUUAAGCGUAUUGCUCAUGACGAUGUGAUUUUCAAAUCAUUUUAAAAUACGGCUCAAACGUCCAACUGCAACAGAACUCCCCUAAGGCCACACUACGUCGAUAAAUGCCUUAAGAUCCCUCCUAACAUGAUAGCAUCAAUAACUACAGUGAGUGACCGAUCUCAUGAAAUGUUGGCUGAAAUUCUGAAAUGCGUUUUCGAUUAGGAAGGAUUACUUGGGCGCGGUUGUAAUACCGAUUAUUUUGCGGCAUAAUCUUAUAACAUUUCGGACUCGGUAGGAUGUCGGCUUUUGAACACACUGCUUUUCAAUCUCCUGUAGAAACUGUACUGGGUAAAAAAUGACUGCUUAAGUAUCAUGCAUUUUCCCAUUGAUUUUCGAUAGUCUUGCACAUUCAAAUAUAUCUCAUAGGAACCAUAAACAAAAAUAUGCUUUCUUUCAGUCAAUUAAUAAACAAUCAUGUCUUCUUUAUAUUUUAGACGCAAGAAAGGAAUAUCAUUAGGUUUUCAAAAAGUUUCUAACUAUGAGAUUUUGUAAGACCUCGCAAUGUCCAUCCACAUAGCACCGUACCUCGCCGUUUACACAGCUCCUCAUAAAAUGUACAACAUAGCCCGCAUCCAUUACAAAAUUUUAUGGACUCUGUAUGAUAUCUUUUUAAUGGCAUAGAAAAAUAUGUGAUUUCCUUUACGCUCAACGCAUGCACCUUAUAGACUGAAAUCAGUAAGCGCUAAUACAACGAAUGAUAAGGCCAAACUAGAAGAUGAUUUCGUUUGUUCAAUUGUACAAGCUCUUCACAGGAUUGAAAUUUUUCGUUAGGUAACAUGUUGAUAGGCCGGUUGGUGACUUAGAAAUUAUAAUAUAAUUAACAGUCGUAUCAUUAUAUGCAUCAGGAGACGUAUUCUUCUGUGAGAUUGCCGUGUUUUAUGGAGACGGUAGAGUCCUUGAGCACAAAGGCGUCCCUGAGGUAUCAGUGCAUAUUUGACGGUUUUCGAUGUUUCCUAUCGAUUGCUCAAACGUAUAGAUUCUAGUUUUCGGUUAUUAAAACUCCAUGUAAGACGGGACGUAAAAGCUUUUGCUCGUGUGGUGGGUCGUUAGGCUUCCCUUUUUGCUCCAGAUGACCGAACAUACUUUGUUUUGGGACAGCGUCCGUUAUCUGCUUGAUUCUAGUCCCGUAUUAUAUGAUUAUAACGUUUCGCUACAGUGGGCAUAUGAGUACUAUAAUAAUCUUCAAACGGCAAACGCGAUACCCGUUCAGUUUCUAAGUUACUUAUUAGUUGAGAUCAAACCUCACAAGAAACAUUUUACCGUAUACUCCAGUUUAAAUGGCUGUUUGAGAGGAAUGGUCGCUUCGCGUUUUCUUGUGUAAUUUUAUGGGCCAGGCGCCGGAAAGUGGGAUAUUCCUUCACCUGCUAGGCAAAUACGCUGGAUUCUUAGCAAUAGAAAUUGCCCGGAUAUAAAGGGAGACUAGCUUUCGUCCAAAAUGAGCAUUUUUGUUAAUGAAAACUGCAUGGUCAGAUAACUAAAAUCUACAACGUCCGCGGUACCCCAAGCUGACUAUUUAGUUUUCGGUCAUCAUCUCCCUCUGUCUUCUAGGAAAACGUUCCGGGCUGAAGGUUUGCGAGCACUUUUCAAAGGCGCAGGUUGCCGCGUCCUGGUGAUGGCACCCCUCUUUGGUAUCGCACAGACGGUCUACUAUCUGGGCGUGGCCGAAUAUCUGCUCAGUUUUGGAUUCAAACGUUUCGACUAA